UGACCUGACCAGCAGAACCAGGAUGAAUGACGACCCACUGCAGACUGGAGACAUCAGUCUGACUCUGGAACGUCCCUCAGCUGCAGACAGCGGGAUCUACAGCUGCAGAGUCAGGAAACGAGUCGUCUUGGUGAUGAAACGGGUUCAUCUCCAGGUCAAAGAUAUUGUUGGUCUGUAUCAGCCUGACCUUAAAGCGUCUCUGAAGAUGAAGUUCCAGAGUCUCUCUGAAGGCGUCGCUGAACCUGGAAAUCAAACCUUUCUGAACCAGAUCUACAUAGAGCUCCACAUCACAGAGGGGUUAACUAGAGAGGUCAACCAGGAACAUGAAGUUAGAUGCAUUGAAACAACAUCCAGGAAACAAGAAACAACAAUCAGAAGAGAAGACAUCUUUAAAGUCCCACAUGAAAGAGAUCAACCAAUCAGAACAGUGAUGACAAAGGGAGUGGCUGGCAUUGGGAAAACAGUCUUAACACAGAAGUUCACUCUGGACUGGGCUGAAGACAAAACCAACCAGAACAUCCAGUUUAUAUUUCCAUUCACUUUCAGAGAGCUGAAUGUGCUGAAAGAAGAAAAGUUCAGCUUAUUAGGACUGAUUCAUAAAUUAUUUUCUAAAACCAAAGGAAUCUACAGCUUUGAAAUGUUCCAGGUUCUGUUCAUCUUUGAUGGUCUGGAUGAGAGUCGACUUCCUCUGGACUUCAAGAACAAGGAGAUCCUGACUGAUGCUACAGAGUCCAGCUCACUGAAUGUUCUGCUGACAAACCUCAUCAGGGGGAAACUGCUUCCCUCUGCUCUCCUCUGGAUAACCACACGACCUGCAGCAGCCAAUCAGAUCCCUGCUGAGUGUGUUGACAUGGUAACAGAGGUCAGAGGGUUCACUGACCCCCAGAAGGAGGAGUACUUCAGGAAGAGAUUCAGAGAUGAUGAAGAGAAGGCCAGCAGGAUCAUCUCCCACAUCCAGAAAUCAAAAAGUCUCCACAUCAUGUGUCACAUCCCAGUUUUCUGCUGGAUCACUGCCAAUGUUCUGGAGGAUGUGAUGAAGACCAGAGAGGGAGGAGAGCUGCCCAAGACCCUGACUGAGAUGUACAUAGAGUUCCUGGAGGUUCAGUUCAAAAUCAAGGAGGAAAAGUUUGAUGGACGACGAAAGACAAAAUCUAUCUGGAGUCCAGAGAACAAGAAGCUGAUUGAGUCUCUAGGAAGACUGGCUUUAGAUCAGCUGCUGGAGGGAAACAUGAUCUUCUAUGACAAAGACCUGAAACGGUGCGGCAUCGACAUCAAAGAUGCUGCGUUGUACUCAGGAGUUUUCACUGAGAUGUUUAAAAAGGAAAGAGGCAUGGGCAACAUCUCCGUCUACUCCUUUGUUCAUCUGAGCAUCCAGGAGUUUCUGGCUGCAGUCUACAUGUUCCACUGCUUCACCAGCAAGAGGUCAGAGGUCAUCAAGACGUUCCUCGGAGGAAAAUACAAUGAAACAUCUCUAGAUGAGUUCAUGAAGAAAGUCAUGAAGAAAUCCCUCAGCAGUAAAAAUGGCCACCUGGAUCUGUUUGUCCGUUUCCUUCAUGGUCUCACUCUGGAGUCCAACCAGAGUCUGUUAGGAGGCCUGCUGGGUCGGACAGAGAUCAGUCCAGAAACCAUCCAGAGAAUCAUCAACAAUCUGAAGAAGAUGAACUCUGAUGAAAUCUCUCCUGACAGAAGCAUCAACAUCUUCUACUGUCUGGUGGAGAUGAACGACGUCUCAUUUUAUCAGGAGAUACAAUGGCUGCUGGAUUCAGGGAAGAAACUCUCAGUGUCUGACUGUUCAGCUCUGGCCUUCAUGCUGCAGAUGUCAGAGGUUCUGGAUGAGUUGGACCUGGAGAAGUACAACACAUCAUCAGAUUGGGGACGACGGAGACUGGUUCCGGCUGUGAGGAACUGCAGAAAGGCUCGAAUUGGUGGCUGUAGGCUUGAAAAGGAUGAAUGUGAAGUUUUGGCUUCAGCUCUGAAGUCCAACCCAGAUCUGACUGAACUGGAAAUCAGUGAGAUGAACAUAUAUAAAGCUGGAGACUCUGAUAUGAAGAAUCUGUUUGAGAUCCUGGAGAGUUCAGUCAGUAAAGUGAAGGAUCUGGGAUUGGAGAACUGCAGUUGGUCAGAGACCAGCUGGACGUCUCUGUUAACAGCACUGCAGUCCAACCCGACCCAUCUGACAAAACUGGACCUGAGCGACACCAACCUGGAAGAAUCUGCAGUGAUGGAGCUCUGUGGUUUUCUACAGACCGAAGGCUGCAGACUAGAACAAUUAAAAUUGGAGAACUGCAGUUUGUCAGAGACCAGCUGGACGUCUCUGUUAUCAGCACUGCAGUCCAACCCGACCCAUCUGACAGAACUGGACCUGAGCAGAACCAACCUGGAAGAUUCUGCAGUGAUGGAGCUCUGUGGUUUUCUACAGACCGAAGGCUGCAGACUAGAACAAUUAAAAUUGUGGAGCUGCAGUUUGUCAGAGACCAGCUGGACGUCUCUGUUCUCAGCUCUGAAGUCCAACCCGACCCAUCUGACAAAACUGGAGCUGAGCUACACCAACCUGGGAGAUUCUGGAGUGAAGGAGCUCUGUGGUUUUCUACAGACUGAAGGCUGCAGACUGGAGAGGUUGAGGUUGAUCAGAUGCAGAUUGUCAAAGAUCAGCUGUGAUUUUCUGGCCUCAGCUCUGAAGUCCAACAGCCUCCAUCUGACAGAACUGGACCUGAGAAACAACAACCUGAAGGAUUCAGAUGUUCAGCAGCUGAAGCGUUUUGUAAAGACUUUACAGUAAGUAAAUGUUUGUAGUGAGUC